AUGUCGGGUCAAUACUACACCCCGCAGCGCUACUUCCCAUCGCCCCAGAACCCAUCAACCUCAUCCUCCCGCCCCGGCGCAGCUCCCCAGUCAACAGCGACAGGAACAGGCUUCACCCCGACCAUGCGCGACCGUCAGGCCCGCGGCAAGGACCCUUAUUCCCCGCACGACAGCCCGUCGGAUUCAGACAUGGAUUUCGACGCCGUCGAUUCGCCUUCGGCGCGGGGCAACGGCGUCGGACGUCUAGGACACCUCGGCAGCGGUGGUGGCGGCGGCGGCGGCGGCGGCGCUGCGUCUUCGGGCGUGUCCGGGAACGACGGCGACUCGUUCGAGGAGCGCAGGCAAAAGUUGUUUGCCAUUGAGAUCUUGGAUGAUCCCGAGAAGUUGGCCAUGUAUGCCUGCAGUCGGGGAGAUAGCAUCCCUGGCACCCGCCUUCACUUCACACGCAUCCUGUGCGGCCUGGACCAGGAUGCGGGGCCGCAGCAGCAGGACCCCCGCAAGGCUUCGUCCUCGCGACGGGACCCUCGUCGUAGGAGCGCGGGCGGAGAGCGGGUUGGUCGACACUAG